AUUCCACCCCAACACAUUUUGUUCUUUUCAUUCUCGUCACCACGCAAUAAUCAUCACAUUAUUAAUUGCAGCACCAUAAAAAAGGCUGCUUUCCAUCCCAUAAUUGCCCCUCACUUCUUGCAUUUCCCUUCACGAAACUCUCACCUUAGCCAUUUCUAAAUAAACCAUAAGAAACUCGCCCUUCUUUUCCCCCCAUCUCACAACUCCCUCCCAAGCAUGGCUUCCGCAUUCGACCAGAAUGCGGAAACGCAGCGGGAAAGCAUCACCGGAACUGCCCUGUCUGAGCUGAAAGUGCAGAGGCCGAUACUGCUCCCGCUGCUCGCCAUGAACUUGACGUGGUUCGCCAAGACCAUCAUCACCACCGCGUUCCUCGGCCGCCUCGGGGAGCUCUCGUUGAGCGGGUCCGCCCUCGGGUUCACCUUCGCCAACGUCACGGGGUUCUCUGUCUUGAACGGCCUCUCCUACGCCGUGGAGCCCAUUUGUGGCCAGGCGUUCGGCGCCAAGAACUUCAAGCUCCUCCAUAAGACGCUUUCCAUGGCUUCCCUUCUCCUUCUCUCUGUCUCCGUCCCCAUCGCGCUUCUCUGGCUCAACGUCGACAAGAUCCUCCUCCGCUUCGGGCAACGAGAAGACGUGUCCGCCAUGGCAGAGAACUAUGUCACGUAUCUCCUCCCCGACCUCGUCGUCACUUCCUUCCUCUGCCCUCUGAAGUUAUAUCUAACCGCGCAGAACAUGACCCUACCUGUCAUGUUCUGCACGGCUUUCGGUGUGGCCCUCCACGUCCCGUUAUGCGUUUUCCUCUCCAAUGCUAUGGGAGUCAAGGGAAUUUCCAUGGCGUUUUGGAUCACGGAUUUCAUCAUCCUCGUCACGCUUUUGUUUUAUGUCGCGGUGACAGAAUGCCUGGAUGGUAAGCUUUGGAAGGAGGGAGGGUGGUUUGAUCAUGGGAGGAGGGAUGAUUGGAUUUCUCUACUUAAGCUUGCAUUCCCAUGUUGCUUGACAACUUGUCUUGAAUGGUGGUGCUAUGAGAUCUUAGUGUUCCUCACCGGAAACCUCCCCGACGCAGAACGAUCGCUAGCAGUUCUAGCGAUCGUUCUUAACUUCGACUACUUGCUCUUCUCUGUCAUGCAGUCAUUGUCAACAUGCGCGUCCAUCCGUAUCUCCAACGAGCUCGGAGCGGGCAAUGCGGCUCGAGCGUUUGCCUCGAGCCGCAUUUCCCUUGGGUUGGGCGUUCUGUCGGGUAUCCUCGGUGGGGCAGCGAUGGCCUUGGCAAGAGGCUUCUGGGGAGCUCUGUUUAGCCGCGAGAGCGGAGUUGUCCAAGGGGUGAAGAAGAUGAUGUUGAUAGUGGCGGUGAUGGAGGUGGUCAAUUUCCCGGUGACGGUCUCCGGCGGAAUAGUGCGGGGCACCGCCCGCCCUUGGCUAGGGACAUAUGCCAGCAUAUGUGGGUUUUAUAUGUUGGCAUUGCCCUUAGGUGUUGUCUUGGCUUUCAAGAUCCACCUUGGACUGGCGGGGUUGCUGACCGGGUUCGUGGCCGGGGUGGCGGUUUGCUUGGUGGUUCUGUUGGUGUUCAUCGGCGGAAUCAAUUGGGAUGAAGAGUCAAGAAAAGCACAAGCACUUGCCGGCGGCUCCGGCGAUGAUAAUAAUCAGUAGAGUUAAUUAAGUGUCCACUCAACAGUAUAGCUUUCAAGAUUGUUGAAUCCAAAAGGAAAAUAAUUGGUCUUAGGCCACAGAGCGAGCAUAUUACAAGGAAUGAGAUUUGUUCCCAUAUUUAUUACUAUCUCGAAUUCACAAGAUUUAAGAAUAAUAUUGAAAAUUUUAAAAAAGAGGUUUAAAGUUACAACAAAAUAAAUUGCAACAAUUCUU